AUGAGUGACAGAGAAGCUUUCAGACCCCGGUUGAAACGGCUCGUCAAGUGGAACUUGUCGAAAGCAAAAGAGUCAAACGACAAUAUACGGUCAACGUCUACAGCUUCAUGGACCCAGCAGUCAAAUCCACGUUUUUUCGACAAGACCUCCGCCUCCACCGACAAGUCACCCCAAACAGGGGCGGAAAAACUCAAGGCUCAGGGUACAAGUGUUCCGACUCCAGCUCAAAUACAAGCAACAGACACCACGGUCACCGAACCCGGACCUAGUUCUCUCUGGGACAAAGCAUAUGACUCUUUGAAACUAGAACAACCUGAUGCGUGGUCCACAUAUGAGAAUCUUCUGUCCCUAGUACUUAUCGAAGCUCUGGAAAACUCGACAUCAGAGUCAGAACACGAGGCAGAUACUAGCGACGUCAAAAACCAGAUCUCUCAACAUGACGUGGCAGCCCGCCGGGAGAAACUAGAACAGAUAGCUGAGCUGGGUCUGAAGCACAUUGAAGACGGGAGGCUCAGAAUGACAAUCUUUGGAAAGAAGAUGGGCCUGCGAGACGCGGUGGGAAAGUUUGCCAAAGGUGUAGAUUGGAUCCAAGCCUACGCCAGAGAUGCACUCAAGGAUGUCCCUUAUGCACCGGUUGCGAUGGCAGGCAUUUCGAUCCUACUUGUUUUCCUGAGGAAUCCGGCUGCUGUCGACACUGAUAACCAGGAGGGACUCAGAUAUGUUAGCUCACAAAUUCGUUACUAUGUAGCGAUGGAGCCACUUUUCCUCUCCCCGUCUAUGAUGGUCAGCUUGAAAGAUGAACUCAUCAAGAGUUUGAUAGACUUAUACAAACUCGUGGUUGAUUUCCAGGUGCAGAGCGUGCUAAGGUUCUAUAGCAGCUCGGGCAAAAGAUACGUCAAAGACGUCACCAAAUACGACAGCUGGGACGUCCAAUUGGAUUUGUUCAAGGAGAGAGAAGAUACUCUGCAUAAGAACCUUAAGAAGGCUUUAAACGGUGCGAGUCUACAACAACUUGAGAAGCUUAAAAAGGAAGCUCGGGAAUCGCGCAAGACCCUAGAAAUCAUCUCCAAUCAUGCUCAGGCGGUUGAGCAACAUAUGUCUGAUGCCGAGUAUCGCCGAUGCUUAGGAAAUCUGAAGGCCACGAAUCCUAUUGAUGACAAAGAACGAAUCGAGACUGAUAAAGGCCGCCUUUUCGAAGACUCAUACCGCUGGGUGCUCGAAAACGACCAUUUUCAAAGCUGGAGAAAUAGCUGUGGCCAUCUUCUCUGGAUCACAGGAGAGCCCGGCAAGGGCAAGACAAUGUUGCUCUGCGGUAUCAUUAAUGAAUUACCCACGCACGACACCAACGUCGCGUUCUUUUUCUGUCAAGAAAAUCGUGAAACCCUCAACAAUGCUACUGCGGUCUUACGAGGACUUAUAUCUAUGCUUGUGAAGCAGCAGCCCGUGCUCCAGAGUCAUGUUGGCGAAGGCCCAUUCGAAGGCGAAAACGCCUGGUUUGCAUUACGCAAAGUUCUCAUCAAUGUUCUCAAAGACCCGAUGUUGCGACUAACCUACCUGAUUAUCGACGCACUUGACGAGUGCACUAAAGAUUUGGAAAAGCUUCUUAGUUUCCUUGUUGAGAUCUCGUCAGAUCACACGCAUAUCAAGUGGCUAGUCUCAAGCCGCAACUGGCCGAGUAUUGAGAAAGACCUCCGCGACGUAAAGCAAACAAGACUUAUUCUUGAGAAUGAGACACUUCUGUCGACUGCUGUUGAUUCCUUCAUCCAGCAUAAGAUCAAUGUCUUAGCAAAAAGACACGACUACACCGCCGAAAUACGGGAUAAAGCCCAAGAUUAUCUCGUUUCAAAUGCAAACGGCACAUUCCUUUGGGUAGCCUUGGUUUGCAAGGAACUCGCAAACGUCCCGAAGAGACACGUUCUGAAAAAGUUGGAUAAUUUACCCCCUGGUCUAAAUGACCUUUACACCCGAAUGCUGGACCAAAUCACCGAAUCGGACGAUGCUGAGAUCUGCAAGUCUCUUCUCAGCGUCACCACAACUGUCUACCGCCCUCUCACAUUGGAUGAGAUACCGUCUUAUAUUCAAAUGUCUGAAGAUGAUGCCAAUGAUCUAAAAGACAUUAUAGGACACUGUGGUUCUUUCUUGUAUCUCCGAGAACACACAAUCUCGUUGGUUCACCAAUCAGCCAAAGACUUUUUCCUCCAAAGGAAAUCUGAUAUGGUCUACCCUGGCGGCAUUGAGAAUGUGCACUAUGAUCUUUUCUCAAGAUCUCUACGGGCUAUGGAAAUGGCUCUGCGACGUGACAUCUACAGCAUAAAUGACCCCGGAUAUCCGAUUCGGCAGGUCAAGAGGCCAAAUCCAGAUCCGUUAGCCGCAGCACGGUAUGGAGUUGUCCACUGGGUUGAACACCUAAGUGCAUGCUGUUCCAGUCAAAAUUUGGACAAAGACUUUGAAGAUGGUGGCUCACUCGAUCGUUUCUUACGGCGGGAUUACCUUCAUUGGCUGGAAGCCCUGAGCAUUCUAGAAAGCAUACCUACAGGCAUAGCAUCCAUACUAAAGCUUGAACGCUUACUUCAGAAAAUUGGCGAGCCACAAGUCCUUUUACAUCGAGUCUCAGAUGCCGCUCGAUUUUUUCAGUACAACAAAGUUGCUAUUGAAAGCAGCCCCCUUCAGGUCUACGGUUCCCCUCUUAUCUUCAGCCCAAUGCAAAGCAUCACGAGAACGUGCUAUCAAGAGCAAAGUCCAAGUUGGAUUUUGAACAGACCAGAAGCGGAGAAGGGCUGGAGUACAUGUUUGCAAACCUUAGAGGGCCAUACUCGGGAUGUCCGUUCAGUCGCCUGGUCACAAGACGGAAGCCGAAUUGCAUCAGCGUCCUGGGACAGGACAGUCAGGAUCUGGGAUCCCGUCACCGGUCAUUGCACGUUAAAGCUCGAGGGAAUUAAUGGACACUUUAGCUCGAUCGCAUGGUCACAAGGCCGGCUUGCGUUAGGGGCAGCUGAUAACACAGUUAGGAUCUGGGAUACUGUUACCGGUCAAUGCAAGCUAUCCCUCUAUGGGCAUGGCGGCCAUGUUACGUCAAUCGCAUGGUUGCAAGACGGACGGCUCGUUUCAGCGUCCCUUGACACGACCCUGAGAAUCUGGGAUACUACCACUGGCCAGUGCGUGCAUGUUUUCGAUGGGCAUACUGGUCCGGUUAUCUCGAUUGCUUUGUCACAAGGCCAACUUGCAUCCGGGUCAACUGAUGGAAGAGUAAAAGUCUGGGAGCUAAACGAUUAUCACUGUGUUUCAACGUUAGAGGGAUAUAACAAGCAGGCUGGUUCAAUUGCCUGGUCACCAGAUGGCAGUCGACUCGCAUCGGCGUCCAUGGAUAACACAGUUAACAUAUGGGCUCUGACCAGCCAAUGCAACUUAAUACUUAAGGGGCAUACAGAUGCAGUUGGGCCAUUUGCCUGGUCAGAAGAUGGAAGCCGACUCGCAUCAGCGUCCUGGGACAAGACAAUCAGGAUCUGGGAUACGACUACUGGCCAGAAUGUGUUCACUUUCAAGGGGCACACUGAAGUAGUUUACUCGAUUGCCUGGUCGCACGGCAGAAACCGACUCGCAUCAGGAUCACUAGAUGACACAGUCAGGAUCUGGGAUACAGUUAACGGCCAGGGUGUGUCAACUUUCGAGGGGCACACCGGAACAGUUUACUCAGUUGCCUGGUCGCAAGACGGAAGCCGACUCUCAUCAGGGUCGCUAGAUCGGACAGUCAGGAUCUGGGAUACAGUUACCGACUAUUACACCCCAAUGGUUGAAAGGGGUCAUAAAAUCGGAUCGAUUGCCUGGUCACAAGAUGGAAGUCGACUUGCAUCAGCAUCCCGAGACAAGACGGUCAAAAUCUGGAAUCCGGACACUGGUCAGUGUAUAACAACGCUCGAGGUUGACAGUGGUUUGGCCAUCUCAGUUGCCUGGUCACAAGAUGGAAGUCGACUUGCACGCAUCUUAUGGAUUGCUUGA